CCCGCAAAUGCAAUAAUAUAACCCCGCCCUUCUCUCCUACCAUUCCCUCUUCUCAGGGUCUCUCUCCUCAACUACUCCACACCCACCAACCACCAACACUCCGAGACUCUUAAAUUAAUCCCUUCCUUCCCGACCUCUCUCUCAUAACAUCACUUUCUCCGGUUUACUCUUUACAUAUAUCCUUCACCGGGAUCCGGUUCGACGCUAUCAUUUUCCGCCGCUCCGGGUUCCGGUGACACUAUCACCUCUGUUGUAUUCCGAGCUAUGCAAUCGUCCUCCAGCUCCAUGAAGGUCUCGCCGUUGGAUCUGAUGUCGGCCAUCAUCAAGGGCAAGGUCGACCCCUCCAACGUAUCAUCCGACUCUGCAAACGAGGUCGCUUCCCUUCUUCUCGAGAACCGAGAGAUUGUGAUGAUUUUGACCACUUCGAUCGCCGUACUUAUCGGCUGCGUCGUCGUUUUGAUUUGGCGGAGAUCCAACGGUUCGAAAACCAAAACCGUGGAGCUGCCCAAGCCGUUGAUCGUUAAGGAACCGGAGGUCGAAGCCGAUGAUGGCAAAAAGAAGGUCACUAUCUUUUUCGGCACGCAGACCGGUACCGCCGAAGGAUUUGCAAAGGCGUUAGCUGAGGAGGCAAAAGCGCGGUACGAGAAGGCCACGUUUAAAGUAGUUGAUAUGGACGAUUAUGCGGCCGAUGACGAGGAGUAUGAGGAAAAGUUGAAGAAAGAGACUUUGGCUUUCUUCUUCUUGGCCACAUACGGAGAUGGUGAGCCGACCGACAAUGCGGCCAGGUUCUAUAAAUGGUUUACAGAGGGGAAAGAGAGAGGCGAGUGGCUUCAGAACCUUCAGUACGGAGUGUUUGGCCUUGGCAAUAGGCAGUACGAGCAUUUCAACAAGGUUGCAAACGUGGUUGAUGAGAUCCUCGCUGAGCAGGGUGGGAAGCGUCUUGUCCCAGUUGGUCUUGGAGAUGAUGAUCAAUGUAUUGAAGACGACUUCAGUGCAUGGAGGGAAUUGGUGUGGCCUGAGUUGGAUCAGUUGCUUCGAGAUGAUGAUGAUCCAACAACCGUUACCACCCCUUACACUGCUGCCGUAUUGGAAUAUCGAGUUGUAUUCCAUGAUGGUGCUAAUGCCUUAGUAGACGAAAAAAGUUUGGGUAGUGCCAAUGGUAAUGCUGUUUAUGAUGCUCAGCAUCCAUGCAGGGCUAAUGUGGCUGUGAGAAAGGAGCUUCACACUUCUGCAUCUGAUCGUUCUUGCAUCCACCUGGAGUUUGACAUAUCUGGCACUGGACUUUCAUAUGAAACUGGGGAUCAUGUUGGUGUUUAUUGCGAGAAUCACAGUGAGAUUGUAGAGGAGGCACUGAGCUUGUUGGGUUUGUCACCAGAUACUUAUUUCUCCGUCCAUGCUGAUAAAGAGGAUGGCACACCACUUAGUGGAGGCUCCUUGCCCCCUACUUUCCCACCCUGUACUUUAAGAACAGCGCUGGCUCGAUAUGCUGAUCUUUUGAUUUCACCCAAAAAGUCUGCUCUACUCGCUUUAGCAGCCCAUGCUUCUGAUCCAACUGAAGCCGACCGUUUAAGACAUCUUGCAUCACCUGCUGGAAAGGAUGAAUACGCACAAUGGGUGGUUGCUAGUCAGAGAAGCCUCCUUGAAAUCAUGGCUGAAUUUUCAUCAGCAAGGCCCCCGCUUGGUGUGUUCUUUGCUGCAGUUACCCCACGCCUGCAGCCGAGAUACUAUUCAAUCUCGUCAUCCCCAAGGAUGGCUCCAUCUAGGAUUCACGUCACUUGUGCAUUAGUUUACGAGAAAACACCGACAGGGCGGAUUCACAAGGGAUUGUGUUCCACUUGGAUGAAGAAUGCCGUGCCCCUGGAGAAGAGUCAUGAUUGCAGUUGGGCUCCUAUUUUUGUGAGGCAAUCAAACUUCAGACUCCCUGCAGAUACUAAAGUGCCCGUCAUUAUGAUUGGGCCGGGCACCGGAUUGGCUCCUUUCAGGGGUUUCCUGCAGGAAAGACUAGCUCUCAAAGAAGCUGGAGCGGAGUUGGGACCCUCAGUCUUAUUCUUUGGAUGCAGGAAUUCUAAGAUGGAUUUCAUUUAUGAAGACGAGCUGAACAAUUUUGUUGAAACUGGUGCUCUUUCUGAGCUCGUGGUUGCCUUCUCGCGUGACGGACCCACCAAACUGUAUGUGCAGCAUAGAAUGAUGGAGAAGGCUUCGGAUAUUUGGAACCUGAUUUCUCAGGGAGGUUACAUUUAUGUAUGUGGUGAUGCCAAAGGCAUGGCUAGGGAUGUCCACCGAACACUCCAUACCAUUUUGCAAGAACAGGGAUCUCUCGACAGCUCCAAAGCGGAGAGCAUGGUAAAGAAUCUGCAAAUGAAUGGCAGAUAUCUGCGUGACGUAUGGUGACACAAUUCCUCCAUCCUAUGGACAAGGUCGAAGAAACCUCUAGAAAUUGUGAAAAAAAAAAAAAAAUUAUGAUUGUGGUGGCGAGGUAUGCGGGGGCUUAUUGAGAUGCCUGUCAAUUACCGUUUACGACCUUGCGAUGGCCCAAGUCGGUUUUGUGAUUCUUUUUAAUUUUUCAAUAUGAAGGAUUUUUAUUUUUAUUUUUAUUUUUGAUUGAUGUAAUUUAUAAAUACAUAAUAUGAUUAAUUAUAUAAGUAGGUACCAGGUUAUGUGGUCUAAUAUUCCUUGUAUGAACCAGCAAGAAGGUUCAAAUGACAGAAAAAUGUUCUACUUUUAUGUAAUAAUCGCAUUGCAUGGA